UUUGGUGAUCGUAGGUAGGAAGAAGAGAACACACACCAAAACAAUAGCAGACAAGUUUCCGACAUUACACAGAAAUCAAACACACUAGCAGAACAUCAGAGAGAGGGAGUGAGAUCAAUUAUGGGAAGGUCUCCUUCUUCAGCCAAGAAUGGACUCAAGAAAGGUCCGUGGGACGCCGAGGAGGACAAGAAGCUCGCGGAUUACAUCCAAAAGCAUGGCCCCGGCGGUUGGAUCUCUCUCCCUAAGCUCGCUGGCCUCAAUAGGUGUGGGAAGAGUUGUAGACUGAGAUGGAUUAAUUAUCUGAGGCCCGACAUCAAGAGAGGGAGCUUCACGCCAGAAGAAGAGCAGACAAUCUUAAAGCUCCAUGCGGUUCUUGGGAACAAGUGGUCUGCAAUCGCGACACACCUACCGGGCCGAACUGAUAAUGAAAUCAAGAACUUCUGGAACACCCAUUUGAAAAAGAGGCUGAUUCGGAUGGGGUACGACCCAAUGACCCACGAGCCAAGAGCCGACCUCACGGCUUGCCUGAGGCUCUUGGCUGUAAACAAUCUCAGUAAUUUCCUCAACCACAACACGUUAUUAGAUGUAAAUGCAAUUAAGUUGCAAUUCCUCAAGCAAAUCCUACAAUCCACAGAUGUUGGACUUCCCAACUUGGUCAGUUCAAUCUCAUCAUCACCAGCUCCUGAUCUUCUUCCUAAAGAAAACCCAAUUUUAAAUUCACUAUCACAACUGGAAAAUCAGUCCUCAUUUUCUCUGGGAGCAACCAUCCCUCAACCACUCCACCAUCCAAUUAGCACUACUCUAUUAUCCAACCCUACUUUGCAAUCAGACCCACAAGUCCCUUUCCCUCCCAGCUUCCAAACGGUGCCGUUUGACGGUGAGGUAGGCCAAUUCAGUGCGUUUUCUCAAGGAGAUAACCUAACGGACAGCAUCUCUCAAUGGGAUUUCCAGUCGGUAACCGAUUUUGUUCCGUCAAUCACAAAGGAAACAACUACUACAUCAAUCAGCAACCACGGAGACGUCACGAGCAGUUCCAGCCUAAUCCAGUGUGGAGGCGACGGAGGUUCUUCAUCACCAUGGAGGGAGAUCUUCUUCGAUGAUUCGAUCCUCCAAUAAUUAAUGAUCCAGAGUGUGCAUGGGAUGGGCGUUUAAUAACGGUCACGGGGUGAAAUUCUUCUUUAAUAUAUUAUCAUUUUCUUAAAUGUUUGUAAAUUUUGAGUUUAAUACACAAACUGUUAGAGAUACAGAAAACCACAUGGACAUAUAUGUAUGCAUGCAUACAAUUCACAUUUUAUGUGCAUAAUAUACAUAUGUGCAAACA